AUUCUUCCCCCUUACUUCGUGCAGAGUUUUGAGAAAAUGUCUUCAGAAGAAACAGUAAGUAUAGUAGGGAGUGAGGUAAUGCCCUUAGACUAUAGAAGCAUGGACACGGAGAGUAGUCCAUCUCCAUCUAGUUCGGAGAAAACGGUGGAGGGGGAAAGAGGAGAUGAGGUGAUGGGGGUUGGGGGGAAUGAAGUGGUAGAGGUUGGGGGAAAUGAGGUGGUAGAGGUUGGGGGGGAUAGCAUACCCAUCACUGUAGUAGAAGUAGAGGGUAGAGGAGAGAGAGAUUAUGAUGUGAAUGCAGACAUAGUGGAAGAGGUGAAACAAUACAGGUCUGAACUCAGGACUAGGGAUAGCCUGGGUCAUUUGGUGGAGAAUUAUGAGAUUUCUUCCCGAGUGCUAGUUAGGCCAGCUGGGGUAGAGGAGAGGGCGUGUUCUGCACCUUGGGAUCAUUGGAUGCCUGUGUAUGCCCACUAUUUGAUAGCGGGGCUCAAGUUUCCAAUUCUUGAGUUGUUAGUAGAUGAUACGGAGUGGGAGUGGGAGAGGGGGGAUGCCGAGGUGAGGGAGUUAACAUCCUGGAAGGCUAAAAGGGCCAACCAGAAUAGCGCACAAUGCAUAGAAGCUGCUGAGCUCUAUGGGCCAAGCGCUUUAAGUGAAGCUGAAAUGGAUCAGUUUUUGAACACUGUUGGAGGAGUGGCUAUCCCCAAGAAGCCAAGGAAGAAGUUAAAGACUUCAACCAAGCAAGUGGAUGAGGGGAGGGCUAGGAAAGAGGUAGUGCCUACGGCUUCAGCUGAGACAGAGGAGGAGGUGCCGCAGUUGAAGAGGAAAGGUUGGGAGGAGAGGAGGGCACUACAGAAGAAGAAGAAAAAGGUGGUGGAGGAGGAGGAGAAGGGGAAUGAGGUACCUCAGCUCGUACCUUAGCCUCCUCCUAUUGAGCUGGACCCUGAGCUCAGACAAUUGGAGGAGGGGGCUGAGCUGCCACUACGUCUUGGUUGGCAGUGGAAGUUGAAUUGUGA